CAACCGCAUUUCGCGUGAACUCCACCCACCCGCGGCUCUACACCUGCCCGCGGGCUCAGGUGAGCGCAGGUGAGGCAUUCCGAGCGCGUCAUGGCGGAGUCGCAGCUCCAGUGCUUGGAGGACGGGCCCAUGCCCGCCGCGGUGCCCGAAUCCCGGCCGCAGUUCUACUACAGCGAGCAGCAGCGGGCGGCCCUGGAGUGCCUGCUCGCCGACUGAGACGGAGCCUUCAAGAGCCUCCUGAAGGACGGGAACGGACAAGACUUCUUGUCGGCGCGGGAAAUCAAGGCCAUCACCGGCACCUUCGUCAAAUACCAGAGCGAGGAAGACCAUGGAGCGAAUCGCGGCAGCCGAAAGGACUCCGAGUCCAUGCGCUCCACGUACUGGCCGCAGAUGUCGGACACCGAGGUCCCGCCGCUGGACAUCGGCUGGCCCUCAUCCGGGCUCUUCAAAGGGGUCACCCGGGUGUCGGUCUACACACACCCGCCCAAAGAGAACAGCCCGCACAUCAAGGAGGUGGCCCGCAAACUCAUACAGGAGUCCUGCAAGGUUGUGGCUAUCGUGAUGGACCUGCUGACCGAUCUGCAGAUUCUGCGGGAUCUGUUUGAGGCAUCCAAGCGCGGCGUGUCCGUCUACAUCGUGCUGGACGAGCAGGCAGCGCCACACUUUCUGGACAUGUGCAGCCGAAUGCAGCUCGGAGAUAGAGAGCUGAAGAAUGUCCGGACUCGGACCGUAAAGGGAGUCGGGUUGAAUCUGUCCGUGGGAAGAAUCCCGGGAAAUGUCCACAGCAAGUACAUGCUCAUCGACGGAGAUAAAGUCAUGUUUGGAACGUACAGUUUCUCCUGGAGCUCUUCUCGAAUGGACAGAAACAUGAUCACGGUGAUGUCGGGGCAGGUGGUGGAUUUCUACGAUAACGAUUUCCGACAACUGUACGCCAUCUCAGACAAACUGGACCUCUUUAAGGAGUUUCACAUCAGUAAGCCCCAAACGGGAACGCUGUCUCGGGCCGCGGUGCCCAAACGCCCCGCAGCGGCCACUUCUCGCUUCCAGGUCAAUCUCGGAGACGCGACGCGUGGAGAUCUGAAAGUGCCAGCACACAAAUACCACAAUCCCAAAUACCUGCUAGCGCUCGGACAGAUCCCGGGACCCACGGAGCCGCUGCAGGACUUCUUCAGUAAGAUGGAGCCGCCCGAUCCGGAGCCGGAGCCGGAGAAUCCCACGGAAGAGCUGGAGAACAUCACACCUGUUCCCUCUCAGCCCGAGAAGAAAGAGUCCAAGAAACUCAAGACACUGCCUUUUAACACAAAGCGGUGGAAGAAAGGGAAGAAGGACCAGGCGAGCGACGCGGUUAUUGAAGAAAACACUGCGAACCCUUCAGACGACGCGUCUAAACACACACUCACCAGAGGCGAGACGCAGGACAGCCUCAGAAAGAAGAAGAGAGGAUUCAGGUGCCUUUUUAAAAAAAGCUAAAUGACAGUUUUUUAAUCACAGCCCUUUAAAUGAGCCACUAAAGCCUGUUAACCCUCAUUGGGACGUGUUUACAGAACACCUGAUUCCUGAGUGUGCUUGUGAUGCGAUCGAUGUGAAAACUCAGCGAUAGUGAAGCCUUCUAAUGAUGCACGACGCUUGAGAAAGAAACCAAGUGAUGUCUACAUUACAUUAAAGGGGAAGUUCAGAGGUGAAACUGUGUUUCUGACAUCCAUCAUUCUGGGAACGUGUGCAAAAGGGAAAAAUGGUGCAUAAAGAGACUUUUU